GCUUUUAUGUACAGUUCAGUCCCAAGAAUGCAUUACCUUUCAAGAAAGCUCAAUACGAAUUUUCCUUUGACGCCAUUGCCGACUCUCUUUUCAGGCGCUGGCAUAUACAGCAGUUUUCCUUUGCUAAAAAGUCCUUUCACAAUGCGCAUGUCACAACUCAAAGGAUAUUUUCUUCCUUAUUUGACGUUUCCUACUUUAUCGAAUCGUGUGCCAACAUAAACAAUGUGAAAAAAUAUUCUCCAAUUAAUUGCUCAAACAAUUAUUUUACGAAAUUUUAAAUCACGUUUUAGUGAUGAAUUUAAUGCACGGAGUUGUUAUCAUUCUCAGCGCUGUAGUAUUUCUUUUCUACAAACUCUCCAAACAAAGAAGUUCUUCGUUGCAAAACAUUCAGGCAUUGCGGCCACCCAAUCCGGAAACGCCGCAGCCUCCUUCGUUUUCACCGCUAUACGAAUAUGAAAACGGUGCGGUGUGUUCCGACAGCGAUGUUUGCAGCAGAAUCGGCAGGGAUAUAAUGCAGAAGUCGGCAGGUAGCGCCGUCGAUGCAGCCAUUGCCUCACUCUUCUGCAACGGACUGCUGGCCAUGCAAAGCAUGGGGCUCGGCGGCGGUGUACUUAUAAACAUCUAUUCCGGUAGUGAGCAAC